GAUAGAUAGAUAGAUAGAUAGAUAGAUAGAUAGAUAGAUAUUUGAAUGUACUGUACUUAUAUUUAUUUAGAAUUUCAGCCAUAAUAAUUCCAUAGCAAAGAAAAACAGCAUCCACUAUAAACCAAUAUGCCCACUUGAUAAUUAAUUAAGUAGAGCUCCUAAACAAUUAACACAAUUUUUGUUUACUAGGUUAAUGUUUAUUGCAAAAUGUAAGUUAUGCAAUUGUACAAAAAUGUAAGUUAUUAAAUUACACACCGUUUAGUUAUGUUUUAGAAGUAAUAGCAGUGGUUUAAUUUCGAAAAGUCUACUUGAAAACGUACGAGUAUUUAUAUACCUUUACCGGUUAGGCUUUUUUUCAGCCCAGUUAUUUCUGUUGCCUGUUUCAUUUAAGUCCCACAAUAAAGUAAAAAGAUGACUGCUUUUUCAACAAAUGUAACAAUUUUAAUAUAACGGAAAUCCUCAACAAUGAGCCUGGCAAUACUUUGCAUAUAGUCUUCUGCAGAUGCGUUAGUACUUUUUCCGGCUUGUCUGGAUAAUUUUAGAUGCUUGGUACCAGUUAUUUAACUAUACAUAGCAACAUUACUAUAUGAAUGAUAAUUUUAUUAUAUUAUACAAAUAAAUAAAGUGAAUGUGUAUUUAUAUUAAAAAAUCGCAGUAGCAUUUUAAACAAUAGAAAUGCACUUUUCGUAAUUUCAUUGUUUAGUCGGAGGAUAAAUAAAAAAGAAGAAACAUUUACCAGAAAAAUCACAGCUUCACUUAAUGUUAUCCCAGUAACCAUAAAAUGCUGGAUGAGUGCGAUAUGUGCUAACCUUUACUCGACCCCGACUAAUUUGCGUAGUUCAAAGUGCAGUGCGUACCUGUUACCAGAAAGUGGCGCACGAUGACAAGGCAAAUAGAAUUUGAAGCAGGGGCGCCUCUCCAGCGCGCGUUCACUUGUUCAGGCAUCCACCCAGUUUUUUUCUGUUUGUGCACGAGUUUACCUCUGGAGGUCAUCAAGCAGGAUUUACGACUGGACAACAAAAGCACGUGAUCCUUAGCCGUACCCCAUAUUUGGGUGCCUACGUAGGAGGGAACCAAGUACAUGUCCCAGUCAUUUCCAUAAUUCAUCAUAAAUUGUGCAGGGGUGCUAUAGACGCACAAAACGACUAAGAGCCACAAAUCAAGCAUUCACAUACAUUUUUUAAAAUAAUCAACAACAAAUGAGCUCUUAUUUUGUAAACUCGUUCUGCGGUCGCUAUCCUAAUGGCCCGGACUAUCCGUUACAUAAUUAUGGCGAUCAUAGCUCGAUGAACGAGCAGUACAGGGAAUCGGCGAGUAUGCAUUCCACCAGGUACGGCUACGGGUACAAUGGGAUGGAUCUUAGUGUUGGUCGCUCAACAUCGAGUCACUUUGGUGCUAAUGAUAGAGCUCCAAGCUAUGCAUCUAGUGCAACAACAGCAUCUUCAGAAAACAGGUACAGCCAAGCCGCAGCAGCAUCAUCUCACUCGCCUCCACCUGACUCACUACCUUGUUCAACCGUUGCGCGCUCGCCUGCUGGCGAGGCACACCGAGCUGUAAAAAACUCAAUAUCUGACCCCACAAGCACUUCCUCUACUUCAAACAACAGCUGUAGCACCCUCUUAGGCAGAGAAGGUGCUGGCAAGUCUUCUGGUACUGAGGACGACUCUACGGCAAGAAGCGGACAGACAAAUUCACAGAACAGCCAAAAUGCAGUCGAAUCAUCACAGCCACAGAUAUAUCCGUGGAUGCGAAAGUUGCAUAUUAGUCACGAUAGCAUGGCAGGACCGGAAGGAAAGAGAGCAAGAACUGCCUACACGCGGUAUCAGACGCUGGAGUUGGAGAAAGAAUUUCACUUCAAUAGGUACCUGACCCGGAGACGAAGGAUUGAAAUUGCACAUGCUCUGUGCCUCUCAGAGAGGCAAAUUAAGAUAUGGUUCCAAAACAGAAGAAUGAAAUGGAAAAAAGAUAAUAAGCUGAAAAGUAUGAGCAUGGCAACUGCAGGAGGUGCAUUUCGUCCUUAAUUUCAUAGCACUUCAUAAAAAGUUCUGGCAAUACAAGAUGAACUAUUAUUCUACAUUUCAGUACCACAGAGACUUUUUCAAACACGUAAGAACUUAAUUGAAGAUUGAGAAAGAGACCGAACAAGGGAGAGACGGAGAGAGAGUAUUUUUCAAAUUCCAGUCUUGUAAAAAUCCAAAAGCCUGUUUUUGGCCGUGACAUGCUUGUAUGAAUAGAUUUGCUUUCUGUAAAAUCUUGUCUUGAGCGACUUAGAAUAAGCGAAAGAGUAGAUGUUUAACUUAUUUACUGUUUUGAGGAAGAAAAGCAAAGCUUAAUUUACUUGAAGUGACCGUAAAAUCCGUUUAGUACUAAUGUUCCGUGUUGCACUCUAUCUUCAGAAAUUGUUGUAUGUUUAUGUAUAUGUAUGCUUAAUGUCUGAAUAGCUCCAAGCCACCAGAAAGAAACAAACAUUGUUUUAAAACUACCUAUUUUCUUUGUAAUCAAUGUUAUCGUUGAUUUUAAUUAAUGCAAUACUACCUAUCUUGUAAUACUGUAAACGUAUCGCGUUGUGAAUAUGUGAAAGAACUAUCAGUCCAACCAAGUAUGUUCUUGCUGUGCCUUUGUAUGACUUUUUGCACGAACUCCAAUAAGUUGCUCUUAAAAGCGCAACUUCAUUGAUGUAUGUUUUCUUGUGUGAUAUUCAGUCUAGUCAAUGCUUGGCUGUCGAAAAAAGUUCGUGAACCGCUUUUGUAUUUUGUUUUUAAAAUGGACUGGAAAUAAAACUAAAUAAACUUUA